UCGUGUAUAACCUAAUCGACCUAAAUCAUAGACAUACUUAAACCAUUUCAGCAUCAGAAUGUUUGGAAUACAAUUCGUUACUUGGUGAAUUCAUGGAAUCCAUACUGUCCUAAACUUUAUUAUUGCUUCCGCGUCGAUAGUAUAGUAAAAGCCGGCUUACAAUUGCUAGUGGUUGUAAAUAUCAGUGCGUUAAGUGUUUCCCAAUUGGAUGCUAUACAGUGGAUGAUGAGAAACAACCCACAACGAUGACAAGAAAGAAAUAAAGAAGAUCGACAAAUCCACACAGACAGCAUCGACAUCGCAAUCAAUAGAAUCGGAAAACUUUCUGGACGUUUCACCAGAAAGCAUCACGGAUAUAUCAAUCAAAGUUAGCUCUUUGGGCUCUACAACAGCCAGCGCUAGUCAAAGUAACCCGCCCAUCCAAAACCAGCCAGAAAUUGUGUUGAAGAGACGACGCGCUUUAGAAGACCGUCGACAAAGGUGCGGUGAACCAUGUUAUUUUGUAUUAAAUAACAACGACCUAAAAAAUCUUGAACAAGCUCUAAAGUGCCGUCUAAUAACACGAGUUGAGUAUCAAUGCCUUAAAUUGCAAAGAGAGCACGUUGAGAAGGAAGCAAUUUUGUACACUAUCCAGCAAAUAUUGCAUAUAUUGGCAAAUGAAGAAAAGGAUGCUACACCAACUCCAUCCACUAGUAAAUCACGAAAAAAUUAAGAAUAAUUCCUCAUUAAUUUUAUUUUGUCACCUUUUUAAUAGACGUUGUAUAAGGUAUAAUAUAUUAUAAAUAUGAAUCCCAUGGAUGGGGAGAGGAAAAUUAUAAUAGAAUUUUGUCACUUAUUGGAGAAAUCGAAAGUGCUUUUUAAUGGAUUAAGGGAACUACCACAAUAUGGCCACAAGCAAUGGCAGUCAUAUUUCGGCCGGACUUUUGAUGUUUACACCAAAUUGUGGAAAUUUCAACAACAACACAGGGACGUACUAGAUAGCAAAUAUGGUUUAAAGAGAUGGCAAAUAGGAGAGAUCGCAUCGAAAAUUGGGCAGUUGUACUAUCACUUUUAUCUGAGGACUAGUGAAACUGCUUACCUUCGGGAAGCAUUCGCGUUUUACCAGGCCAUCAGAGCGAGGCGAUACUACACACAUGCAGUUAAAGAAGAUAAGUGUGAACUUAUGGUGAAAAAGCUACGAUAUUAUGCACGAUUUAUUGUUGUAUCGUUAUUACUGAAUAAAUUAAAACUUGUUGAUGAUCUUAUAAGAGAACUAGACAAUCAAAUAAUAGAAUAUGGAACCACGUAUAACGCUGAAGACCAAAUGGAAUGGACUGUAGUUGUUGAUGAAGUUAAAGCUUUCCUUGAUGCCGAGCCGGCCGUUCAGGUUAUGUACAAUGAUAUGCCGGCACCCGAUAUGUCUAAUAGAAUCCAUCCCGACCAAACGCCAUACGUAGACAGAGGACCCCAUAUGCACUUAACUUUACAAGACGUAAUUAUAAUUGGUAGUAGUACACAACAGGCAAAAUUUUCUGAACUCACAAUCGAUAUGUAUAGAAUUCUUCAGAUAUUGGAAAAAGAACCAAUUGGCCCAGCACCUCAGGCCCUGAGUGAGGAUAUUCCUCCUCAUGGGCCACCACCGGCUCCACAUUCUACGCAAAGAGGUUACGUGGUCGGUGAUAGCUUUCGUCGAGACAAUCCACACAAGUACUUGUUGUUCAAGCCAACCGCACUGCAAUGUCUGGUCUACCUAGCGAGCAGUUGCAAUGAUUUACCAUUAAACGGAGCGAUUUUAUUAUACAUUUCGGCGGAUGGCUAUAUCCCUUCUCACAGUCGUAACGCUGACAGCAUCACUGGCUAUGAAGCCGGAGGGUUUAUUACAUCUGGCAAAUUGGAUCCAAAUCGGGAUUCAAUAAGAGAAUCCAGGGGACAAUCACAAGAUAGAGGGAGCAGGGGAAAGGAUCAUUAUCUGUUGUACCCUGGCGACAUUUACCCUUUUACUAGAAGACCUUUGUUUAUCAUAGUUGAGUCGAAUUGUUCUGGACUCAUGCAGAAUAUGCCACGCCAUUUCAAUCAGCCACUUGUGAUGUUAUUGUCAGCUCAAGAACUUCCAGCAAAUCUAGCAGAACGAUGUCAUCAAGGUAAUAUCCUAACGUUGUUCCUCAACAAUCCCUUGAUGGGAUUCUGUGCAUCGUGCGAGCUUUACACAAUAGAAGAAGGUCUACUGGACGUUUGCGAGACUUUAGUCCUCGAUUUUAUGUUCCAGUGUGCACAGUUAAUACUCCGAAUUCGUAUCGAUAUGAACUUCUUCGCUUUCAUGGGUGAUGAGUUCCUUCGAACGAUAAUACUACGGUACCUCUUCUGUGAAUGCUCUCUGCGAAUGAAUAGAAACUUCCGUUCCCGGUCUCAGAUCGUCCAUUCUACGCCUCCAAUGCCCGAAGAGCUGCUGGCACAUUCCUCCCUCGUUUCAAUUAUUUUGAAAAUUUCGGAGCAGCUCGGAGUAAGGAAUCACUUUUCCGAUGUUUCUGGACCGGGAUCGGGGCCAAGGGAACCUAGGGAUCAGAAUUAGGAACCAAUUUGUGCUCAAUUAUAAUUUUCCUCUACUAUGGAUAAGAUCUCCGUCAAAAAUUUUGCUGUUUAUACAAGUAUUUAGUUUAAAUAGUACUUUUCGUGAAUCUUGACGGUUACGUCUUAAAGACGGUUGAGGGUUAUUAUACAAAGCUAGGAUUCAUAUAUAUAAAUAUAUUUACUAUGUAGUAAUUUUAGAUUUUUAAAUCUUUAUCUAGUAUUACGCAUUUAAGAUCUUGAUGUCAAUAUCUAUCUUUAUGCCUAUCAGUAUCGGGCUUUAUUAUAUUAUAGCGUUUCUAAGUAAAAGUAUAAAAAACUAAGUGUUGCUUAAACGAUACAUUUCAAUAUAUUAAUUAAUGCUUUGCAACGUAUAAUUAACAAAUUCCUAUUGUCACUAAUUACUAAUUUGUAGACUUGCACUUGCAGUUAAGGCAUCAAAUCUCAUAAUAGCUUGCAUUUAAAUAUGGAUAAGUAAAUGCUAUGUUAUCAUUAUAUCAUGAAUGAAGUGAAAUCGAGUGGUCCUGGAAAAUUAUUGCUUUAGUUGGAAAGCCUACGAGUAUGAUUUAAAGGAGAAUCAAUGUGUUUAGAACUUGUAUGUGCUAAAUAACAACACAAAUAUAAAAAGAGUCGCGGUUUCACCUAACAAGAUCCGUUCACAUUCAGCCAAUGGCCUAUUUCUGGACUCUAAAACAAUCGUAAAUUAAGUCAAAUCUGUAUUAAAAUAUGAUAACAUACAAAUUUACAUACUAAUAAUAUUGGGCUUGUUUCUACCGACCAGUAAUUUGUUACAGAGCUUGAGCUUUAAGAACACAGCGUACAACACGUUUCUUAACUCAUAAACAUGAAUACAAAAUCUAUUUUUUAACAUGUAACAACAAAACAUAAUACUGGACGUUGGAAUCUGCCCUUGCAAUUAAAAGGGUAUAUUUUCCUCUAUAGUUUAGAAAAUAUAUUUAUGAUAAAUUCUAUAUCAGAGCAUCUUACAUUCCUAACAGAUAUUAUAUUUAUUUUGGAUAUUUAGUAAAAUCAUGCUUUGCUUAUUACAAAUCGAAAUUUGAACAGGGUAUACCAACAAGAUGGCAGAUGUGUCAAGUGAGGCUUUAGUGAAAGAAAAACUUUUUCAAACCACUAUUAUUACAUUUAAUUGGUAAAUUGGGACCCAUCUUCGUUACUUCUACGUAAAAAUUUUGAAUUAUAUUGUUUAUUAAAAUAUAUUUAAAAACCAAACCUUCAAAUAACUUUAAUCAGAAUCAGAUCAAGCUUUGUAAAAAGUUAUUUAAAUUUCAAUAUCAAAUUAUUCUUGGAAAUCUUCAAUGUCAUAAGUAAAAUAGUUACAAACACAAAGUUAUUCUAUUGCUAAAGCCUGUAUUGUUUGAUGACCACUGCAAAAUGUAUAAAAGCAAAUUAUUAAGUACUCAUUAAAAUAUUGAUACAACUAUAUUUUUUAGUAAUAAACUCAUUACUGUGACAUUACGAACACUUUUGGUCCAACGUUGGUAUAAGAAAGAAACAUUCAUCCCAACAUACUAUGUAAGAAUGUGGCAUGUCGGCACUAAGUGUAUGAUUUACAGUCGAAGCAUAUGCGUCCCGUUAGUAAAAAAGUUUUGGUUUUGACAUACAGGUGUAACAAUAACAGCUUAGUCUAGACUCUUUAUCUUACCCUGCGUCCGCAAGCCGUUAGGUUAGUAAGAAUAUUAUAAAGUUUCAUUCCUAUGUAGUUUUGUGUGUUUGUGUGAGCCAUAAUUCAUGCGAACGAUUGAAUUGCAACUUAGUAAGAGCUGCUAAUUUGCAUCAUUACCUAAUCUAACAUUAACAUGUCAACAUCUCUAUUGUAUUAUCUCUCUACGUAUUUACUAUUAACGUGUUAAAUUUCUAACUAAUAAUGUUAAUCUUGCUUAAACUUGCUACAUAUAAUAAUUACAAUUUUAAGUAGUUGGUGUUGUGUAUAAUGUAAACUGGUUCAAAAUUUUAAAUAAAUAGCAGUUUUUCCUUUCGAAA